GUGGGCAAUUUCAGAGGGAUGCUGCUGUUUAGGUUCACAGUUGUCUGCUGCUAACUUGUUCUAUCAAGUGAGAAUACAGUUCAUUUUCAAAUCUAUACAUGAAAACUGCAGAGCAGGGGUCCCAAUGGCAGGACCUGCUACAGCAAUAAGAUUACGACAAUUUGUAGAUCCAGCACCCAAUGUCCCUGUAAGAAUUAUUCAUCAUCAGGGAAAGGAUGUUCGUGGUUACUAUCCAGGGCAAACAGCACGGGUUCAUGUUGCGUAUCCUCCUGAAAGACAACUGGGACCUUUUACAAAACUGCAGUCAGUUCCAACUCCAGUAAAACAUGAAAUUGUACCUCACUAUGAUUUUGACUAUAUAAUUCUGAAGAGGCAUAUCCAUUACCAAAGGACAAAGAAGAAAUCCUACAACUGGUACACACAAACCACAUACAGAGAAGCAUUCACAUUCCCAUUUUAUGAAUCAGACACUGCUGAAAUUAAGGAUCUCCCAAGAACUGAUGCUGAAUCCUUAUCAGUUUGGAAAAGUACUUCUGCCAUGAAGAAGGGAAAAGUUAAACCUUCAUUUAUGGGGAUUGGAUAAGUUCUUGCAUCUGAAACCCCAGCAUCAUCAAUAUAGAAAAGUCUUUCAAAAUCACUUCUUCUGGGAGUACUUCUAGUACUACAUGGAUUUUGUGGCAAUUGUAAAUACA